GACUUUCCUGGGGCCAUUCGGCAGCGCCGCGUCCGGGAAACUGCAGUUUUCCUCAAACUCGCGUUUUAGUUUUCUUUUCUAUACGUUGCCCUUUGCUCCUGUUUCUGAAACCCGCAGCCUCGCAAGGUAUCGCAUCCGUGUGUAAAGCUUCGGCAUUAGAUUAGCUGGCUCUGGGCUUUUCUCUCACAACAGUGGGGAACAUCACAGACGUCCAGCCAACUCUGAAAGUGACUACGUGAAACUUGAAACUCAAGCAUGGGGAAGCAGAACAGCAAGCUGCGACCAGAGGUAAUGCAGGACCUGCUGGAGAGCACGGAUUUUACCGAGCACGAGAUCCAGGAGUGGUACAAGGGCUUCUUGCGGGACUGCCCCAGUGGCCAUCUAUCUAUGGACGAGUUCAAGAAGAUCUAUGGCAACUUCUUUCCUUACGGGGACGCCUCCAAGUUUGCUGAGCACGUGUUCCGCACCUUUGACGCCAAUGGCGACGGCACUAUAGACUUUAGGGAGUUUAUCAUCGCGCUCAGCGUCACGUCACGAGGAAAGUUGGAGCAGAAGUUGAAAUGGGCUUUUAGCAUGUAUGACCUGGAUGGGAAUGGAUACAUCAGUAAGGCAGAGAUGCUGGAAAUCGUGCAGGCUAUUUAUAAAAUGGUUUCGUCAGUAAUGAAGAUGCCAGAGGAUGAGUCUACACCAGAGAAAAGAACAGAAAAGAUCUUUAGACAGAUGGACACCAACCGAGAUGGUAAGCUGUCUCUGGAGGAGUUCAUUAAAGGAGCAAAGAGUGACCCUUCUAUCGUUCGUCUGUUGCAGUGUGACCCCAGCAGUGCAGGACAGUUCUAGAAGCCGCAACCAUCACUUUCUUCUCCUCCAUUUUAUUUAUUAAUGGUUUUUAUUUCUGUCUUUGAUACCAUAAUACUGGGACAUGACUGGGCCUCUUUAUAUGGGUCUGUAUCCCAUCAAACUGAACUUCACCAGAUCUAGGCACCAUGUACACAUACAACCCUUUCUCUCUGUCCCUAUUUCUCUCUCUCUCACUUACAAACCUCUCUGAUCACAUACACUUUUACAUGGUGUGCUCUCUCUUUGAGGAUUUCUGAUCUAAUUUAGGGGAUAUUUCUGUGCUCAGUCAUGUAACUUGGAGUGCCUGAUAGAAGCACAUGUUUUAUUCAUGCGGAAUUAGGAGUUUAGAUAUUUUGGUCAAAUAAAAUUUGAAGAUGAGAUGGACAGCUCAAUAUAAUGGAGAAGUGAAGCACUGAAAGAAAAGAUUUGGAGGCUUGCUUGUGAUUCUUAUUUUAAUAGGACAGCUUGACCGUACUGUCAAGUAUCCAACAGUAUUGUUACAAGAAAACACAGCUCUAAAUUCUUAUGUUUAAUUUUUGACCAGCAGUGAUUAACACCACAUCCUCACCAGAUGCCUUUUUACACAAUUCAGUACAAGCACCAAACAGAUGCAGUUAAAUAGAUCGGUAGAAUAGGUUUUUUAUUUUAGAAUAGUAGUCAUGCAGUACUAUACUGUUUUUUAUUCCUGACCUACAACAUGGUAUGGAGUUUAAUUUUUGUCCCUAAUUUAGUAUUGGCAUGCCUGAAAUGUUCUGGAUCAUCACUCUGGAUAUGUACAUAUUCUUGGCAGAGCCUUACAAUUUGGUUUAACCUUUUACUGGGGUGUUAAUUCCCAGUAAUAUUCCAGUAUCUACCCAUUUUAUUAUUAGUGUAUCAGUGUUAUUAUUCAUGACAGCCAAUACUUCAACAUAACUGUGCAGUAUGUACACUACACUUUCCCCCAAAUCCCAAUAAACACAUAUAACUGUUAGAAGUGCACUCAUUAUUCUCCCUUGUGCUGUAUUGCCAGAAGGAAACGAAAUGAAGAACUGUGGGACUUUACAAUAGUAGGCCUGUAUAGUCUGUAUAUUUUAUUUUCCAAAUAACGAAACAACAGACUUGCAUGCAGAACUGUCAGAUGACUAUUUUAAGAUGCAACAUCUUGCUUUUAGUGUUUUCAGUGAAGCAUGUUAAAUAAGUUUUAGCUGUAUAUGAAAGAGAAAUUUUUGUGUUGUAUGCAUGCUGGUUUGUGUGUGUAUGUGUGUGGCUAUAGUGUGUCCUGGUACUGUUUGCUCACACUGGUCUCGGUGGUCUGUUGCCUUGUCUAAGCGAGCUUGUGAGCAGCUGAAACUCUGAUGUAUAUUUUAAAUCUAGUAUGAACUUUAGGUUGUAGAUAUGUAGACACUGUGAGCUUACUGACCUGCCACACACACACACGUGCAAAUAGUAAUGUGUUUCUGUAGAUAACUGCUUUAUUGUUGUCAUGUUGCUUUUUACUGAUGAUAAUGCCUGUGAUGCUGAAACCUAAUCUAGAAGUAGCUUCUUACUUCUGGAAGAGUAUAGAACAAAUGGUCAGGGUCCAAUUUCCCAAAUCAAUUCAUUCAUGAGAAAAUAAAAAGUUUCUUAUUGAACUUGGUACAUUUAGAUUAAUGUGAUGUAUUAGCCAGGUGGUUAGACAGCUGGUCUGGAAUUUUUGUGGCAUAACCUGCCUGUUUCUGAUGUCUUCUAUUUAACAAAGUGGGAUCUGAUCUCAGUGACUACAUUUCUUCACCAUUAAUCAGACAAAUCAGUAGUUGUUGUUGUGUGUAUAUACAAAUCAAUUUUAAAAAUUAUAUAUAGUUUUAAAAUUAGAAAUCCUCUUCACUUCACAUGCUUUCAGUGUGCAUGAUAAACACAUUGGAGCUCCAGAUGCAUUCUGCUGCUGCUGCUGCUGUUUAUUGCAAGUUUUGAAUGUUAUCAGAUGCCACUGCAAGUUGUUAAAUGCCUUACUGCAGUAAUUCUCAUAUACAGUUCUGGGAACCCCACACACUUUACAUUUAAGUGUUUUCCUGCUUUAACACACCUGAAUCAGCUCAUAAAGGACUAUGGUUCAAGUGUAUUAGAGCUGUUGCUUCACAAAUAUGUGCAGAACAUGUGGUUCCCACAACUGCAGCUGAGGUCCACUGCCUUGACUUAAGUACUGCUAUAUAUUUCAUUUGAUAAAUGUGCAUUCUUUUUCCUUUCUUAAACUGCUGUUUUGUAAAGUUGGGAAAUGUUCAAACAUCACAACUACUGCAGACAUUUACUCCAUGGUGUAUGCAUAUGUUUCAUUUUGUAUUUUUUCUUUUUAAGAAUCACAUAUUUCUAUAUCACAAUUUAUAUCCUGUGGUUAGGUGCCAAAUAUACAGAACCAGUAUUGUAUAAAUUUAUACUGUACAAUUAUUUGUCAAACAGAACAUUUGUAUUUGUUGCAGUAUGUUUGUUUUUUGUUUUGUUUUUUGUUGUUUGGUAGAUUUUGUAUGGUAACCUGUAUUUUGUGGCAAUGUCAACUUGAGGUAUAGACAUCUGUUUUAGCUAUGCUAUAACGCGAAAAUUAAAUUUAGGAAAUGAA